CCAGUCACUCCCCCACCACCACCACCUUGAAAGUACAUAUUUGACAGUGCAAAGUCAGGCAGAGCCUGCACUCCAGCUUAGCGUUCAGUUAGGCACAGACGCCCCAGCCCCUCUCCCACUCUAUCCUUGGUUUUCCGUUGGACGUUUUGUCGGUGCCGCCGAACAACACUAAGCAGCCAUGGAUGCCAUUAAGAAGAAGAUGCAGAUGCUCAAGCUCGACAAGGAGAAUGCCUUGGACAGAGCUGAGCAGGCCGAGUCAGACAAGAAAGCAGCAGAGGACAGAAGCAAACAGUUAGAGGACGAUAUAAGAGAGAUGGAAAAGAAAUUGCGUAUAACUGAGGACGAAAGAGAUAAAGUGCUCGAGGAGUUCCAAACAGCUGAAGAAAAGCUGCUGACUGCUGAGGAAGUCGCCACCAAGGCUGAGGGAGAGGUCGCUUCCCUUAACAGACGUAUCCAGCUGGUUGAGGAGGAGUUGGAUCGUGCUCAGGAGCGUCUGGCUACUGCUCUGACCAAGCUGGAGGAGGCUGAGAAGGCUGCUGAUGAGAGUGAGAGAGGCAUGAAGGUCAUUGAGAACAGGGCCAUGAAGGACGAGGAGAAGAUGGAGCUGCAGGAGAUCCAGCUGAAAGAGGCCAAACACAUCGCUGAGGAGGCUGACCGCAAAUAUGAGGAGGUUGCCCGUAAACUGGUCAUCAUUGAGGGUGAUCUGGAGCGUACAGAGGAGCGCGCUGAGCUGUCAGAAGGCAAAUGCUCUGAGCUUGAGGAAGAGUUGAAAACUGUGACCAACAACCUGAAGUCACUGGAGGCACAGGCUGAGAAGUACUCACAGAAGGAGGACAAGUAUGAGGAGGAGAUCAAGGUCCUCACUGACAAGCUGAAGGAGGCUGAGACUCGUGCUGAGUUCGCUGAGAGAUCAGUAGCCAAGCUUGAGAAGACCAUUGAUGACCUGGAAGAUGAGUUGUAUGCCCAGAAACUGAAGUACAAGGCCAUCAGCGAGGAGCUGGACCACGCCCUCAACGACAUGACUUCCAUGUAAUUUUUCUACUUGCCGUACCUGCUUGUUUCCACCAUCAUGCCCCCUCUCUCGCCUCUGGCCUGCACCCGUGUUACCUGCACAUCAAAUGCCUCACCUCUUUUGUCUCCCUCAUUUAUUAUUUUACAUGCUCACUAGAACUAAACAUCUCAUCUAUACUAAAAUUCCUUUUUUAUAUAUAGUCUUAUAUAUAAAGUUUCAAGUCUUAAAACAGAAAUUUGUUCCCUCUGUACUUGAGCUGCUCCUGUAAUAGAUAAUCCUGUCUUUAAUUGUGUCCUUAUGAUGAUACUGUAUGCCUUUUGUGUCAGUAUCUUUGACGUUUGAGAGUACAGAAAAAAACGAAUGAAGUCAUUUCAUGCAUGAACAGAACGCAGCAUGAUAAUAUUUAGAUUCUUUUAUGAGUUUAUGUUCAAAUGCCCAUUGUAAUAUCGUUGGACAUUUUCACUUCUUAAGCAAUACAUGCAAGCUGUUGAUUGACAAAAACUGCAAUAAUGAUUUUUUUUUUUUCACUGAAACUGGUUUACAUGCUGAUCCUCAUGGUUACAUGUAGUGUCCCCAUUUCUACUAAUAUGGUCUACUUCCGUUGAGAAGAAAGGCCCACACGUGUGUUUGUGAUACCCUCCUUUGCUAUGUCAAUAUACCAGGUGAGGAGAAGAGGCCAUAGCGUAGCACCAGUGUGGCUGAGCCCACAGUUUUUCCUAAGUAAAAUUCCCAGUGUGUAAAGAUGAGAGCCACAACUGUCUGUCAGUUGAGCGCUGCACCUCGUGAUGUAGCAGGAAGGUGUUGAUGUAAUCACAGGAAGGACUUGCCCCAACCCUUCAGUGUGUGUGUGUGUUUGCAAGUGUUUUCCAAUGCACAGGAUGCAUUUACACUGUGCAUUGUGGUUUUUGUGGUGCCCUUCCGUGACUCCCGUGUGUCUGGUGUAUUUUGGUUGGCAUUUUACAUUUCCGUAGGUCCCCCUCCUCCCCAGGUUCACUCUACUUCUUCUCUUCCACACAGAUAAAUUGUUUACACCUCAUCAAAGACGCCUCCUGCCGGCUGAGCAGCAUCUGUCUGCUCUCUCCAGCCUUUUCUCCAUUUCCCCCCCCCUUCCCUCUCUGUCUUUGCUUCCCUUUCCCCCUCAUGUCUUCAUGUCAACAUUACUUGCAUCCCAUCACUUGUACAGAAUCCUAGAAUCUUUCUGCGUUGUGUAAAAAAAAAUAAACGUCCUUCCUUCUAUGUAAAGCUGUAUCUCUUUUCUCUGUCCUUUUUAUUUUUCAUUCAUAUUUAUUUUUCACUGGCUCUAAUAAAACCAGGAAGCCUUGAUUUUAA